CGGUCCGGCGCGUUCGGUCGGGCGCGUUCGGUCCAGCGCGAUCGGUCCGGCGCGAUCGGCGGCCUACACCUGGCCAGCCGGUGUUUGUUUGAAGGUUUCCACAGAGCCAUCGACCGGCCGGUCCGGUCGCCAACUGACCGGAGCACCCCUAAUGGUGCCGCACGCGGCCGAACUGCGUCCCAGCCCCAGACGCCGACCAGGUCCCCAAGGAGGCGCGCAGGCUCGCACCGUUCACAGGGGUGCCCCGGCUGCGAGUUGUCACGGCGGCAGUAAUCAGUGCAGCACGAUGAAGGGCGGCACCAUCAAGGAAAACAAGGACUUCGGUGAGCCGCAGGCCGACGCCGCGGGACAGCGACUGCGUAAGGCAAUGAGAGGCAUUGGCACAGACGAGCGAGUCAUCAUCGAGAUUCUGACAAAGCAUACCGCCAUGGAGCGCAAGAUGAUCGGAGACCGCUACAAGGUUCAGUUUGGCCGGGACCUCAAAGAGGACCUGAAGUCGGAGCUGGGCGGCUACUUCGAGACGGCGGCUCUGGCGCUGUGCGAGUACGACAGCCACUAUCUGGCGCAGUGGUGCCGACGAGCCAUGAAGGGUAUCGGUACCGACGAGGAUACCCUGGUGGAGAUCCUCUGCGGCUGCAAGGAGGACAUGCUGAUGCAGGUCGACGCCGCCUACCAGUACAUCUACGACCGAUCUUUGGAAGAAGACAUCGAGUCGGAGCUGAGUGGGAACAUCAGGCAGCUCAUGAUUGCCCUGCUGCAGGGACAGAGAGCCGAGCAGGAGGGAGAACCGUCGCGGGAUGAGGCAAAGAAAAUUGCUCAGCAACUUUACGAGGCUGGAGAAGGAAUGAACGGAGGCACGGAUGAAGACGAGUUUAUCCGCAUCUUCGCGACAACCAGCUAUCCUCUGUUGAAACUGACAAUCGAAGAAUACACGGUCUUCGCUGACAACACGCUGGAGAACGCAAUAGAGAAGGAGUUUUCAAGCCAUAUCAAGAAAGCCCUGGUGACGAUGGUGCUCUGCAUCAAGGACCAGGUGGCAUACUUUGCUAAGACCCUGUUUGAGGCGAUGGACGGUCCAGGUACCAAAGACGAUGUUCUCAUCAGGAUACUGGUAACACGCUCCGAGAUUGAUCUGGAAGACAUCAAGGAUGCUUUCAAGAAGACGUACCACAAGUCGCUUGCUGACGCGGUAAAGGAUGAAACGAAGCGAGACUACCGGAAAAUUCUUCUAGCUAUCAUCAAAUAACUCCACGACUACCACGUCUCUGCCAGCCCCCAGGCCUGCGGUGCUCGCCUAAUGCGAUAUCAGCAAUACCGAAUACCGAAUGAGAGGUGUUCUACGGGAUGAACAUGAUACUUUUAUGAAACGCACAAUUUCUCCAAAACUAGGGUGAGUCCAUGAACAUACUAAAUCAGAGAAACAUUAUCAUCAAUUUAAGAAUAAGACUUUGGAGGUAAACGAUUGAUAUUAGGUUUUUAGUGUCUUGGUGAAUAACAUUGGCGGAAAAAACAUCAUGGCUCACUUAUAUGACCAUGGGAAUUCCGUGUAUGGUUUUGACACGGUAUCAAGUGCAGUGUGUUUUGCAUAUUCUCAUAUUGGUCUUAAUCUGAAUCGUGGCUCAAUAUUGAGCUCUCAAGAUCGAGUUAGCUCUAUGAAGUUUUAGCAAGCUAUGGUUUGAUAGCUCAAUUUAGCCUUAGAGGCGGUGUGUUUGUGUGUUUUUGUCGUGUCGCCAAGUGCAGCCCAGUAUUAAAAGUGAAUAAAACAGCUAUUCUGAAUGAA